AUGUUGGAAGUUAUCACAGGAAACACGGACAGGUUUCCCACCAUCGACCUGAAAUCGAUACGAGUUGACACGACCAAUUGUGAGGAGAAAACCAAGUCGGGGGCGCUCACCUCGACCAAAACCAUCGAUGACCCAACGGUCGAAUUCAUUUCGGGCAUUGUCGGGGAUAUCAUGAAGGGUGACGACGACCGCCGGAUGACGGUGCGAACCUCGAUCGCCACCGACUUUUCGUCGGCCGAUAGCGUCGCUGAUGCUGAUAUUGAGGACGAGGGGCCAGAGGAACUCGACGAGCGGUUGUUGUGUGACAUCGCUGAAAACAUGAUCGGCCGUAACAUUCCGUUCGAGACGCCGUUCGGCACGAAGGCUCAGUGCUAUGCGGACUACACGGCCAGUGGCAAGGCUAUCGAAAGUGUCGAGACUUUCAUCCGCAACGAGGUUAUGCCUACGUACGGUAACACGCACACGUCCACAUCUGUCACGGGUCUUCAAACCACGUCCUUCCGAGAGGAAGCCCGCCAGAUCAUCGCCAAGGCUGUUAAUGCUCGUCUCCAUGGCAGAAGAGCUCGUGACGUGGUUAUCUUCAGUGGUCAAGGGUGCACCAGUGCCAUCGGCAAGUUCAUCACUGCCCUCGGGCUCACCACGAUGCGACGCCACCAUCGUCCGCACAAGCGGCCGGUCGUCUUCACAUGCCCCUUUUCGCACCACUCCAACUUGCUUCCGUGGCGUGAGCUGUACGCUGUCGACGUCGUCGAGAUCUCUGAGGCAAAGACUGGUGGUGGCUUGGACCUCGAUGAUCUCGAGCGGCAGCUACAGAUCUACCGGGGCCGUGAACUCAAGAUCGGUACAUUUGCCGCUGCCUCGAACCUGACAGGUAUGCUGGCUGAUGUCGACAAGGUCUCGAAGCUGCUACACAGGUACGGCGCUCUGUCCUGUUGGGACUACGCCACGUGUGCUCCGUAUGUCGAAAUCGACAUGAAUCCCAAGGACCCUGGUGCGUAUAAGGACGCUGUGUUCUUUUCCGGCCAUAAGUUCGUGGGAGGUCCCGGUUCCCCGGGUGUUCUGGUUGUCAAGAAGAACUUGAUGACUAACGAAGUACCGACGACGCCUGGUGGUGGCACCGUGUUGUUCGUGACCGAGAAAGCUCAUAGCUACCUAGCCAACAAGGCGGAGCGUGAAGAAGGCGGCACUCCGGACAUUCUCGGCAGCAUUCGCCUUGGUCUUGCUUUCGAGAUCAAGCAACGUGUGGGCACCAAGCACAUUAUGGACAUCGAGCGCCAACGCGUGCGUCACGUUCGCGAGGUGCUCGGUCAGAAUGACCACAUCACUUUGCUCGGCCAUGAUAACAUGGAGCAGUUGCCGGUGUUUUCGUUCCUGGUCCGCUUUGGCGACCGCUUCCUGCACCACAACUUUGUGUGCGCACUGCUGAACGAUCUCUUUGGCAUCCAGGCGCGUGGGGGAUGCCAGUGCGCCGGUCCGUUCGGUGCUCGUCUACUCGGUCUUAGUCGCGAGCACAUCACUGCUCUAGGGUAUGCUGUCGUUGCUAGAGACGAGGUGCUGAAACCGGGUGUCUCCCGCGUGAGUUUUCCGUACUUCCUUGACCACGAUGAGGUGGAGUACAUCCUGGACGCGAUCAAUUUUGUGGCUGAUCACGGCUGGAAGCUCUUGCCGCAGUACGACUUUGACCCGAAGAACGGAGCGUGGCGUCACGUUUCGCGCGCCACCGUCCGCUUCCCUGCCAAGAAGUUUCUGGCGAGCAUGCAACUCGAUGACGUUGAGACCGUUCGCCAGUCCGUGUGUGCUCUUCCUAUUUUCAACAUCGCCGCUCAUCGUCGCGGGAACCUGAGACAGGCCGCUGUUCUGGCAGAUGCCUGUAUCAAAGAAGCCGUGUCGGCCGAUGAUCUCCCGGUGGGGCAGAAGCUAGCACCGAGCCACGAGUGGCUCCGUUGGUUUGUGUACCCACACGAGGCCAUUGCUGGCUAUAAGGAGAAGGGCGAAAAGCCGGCGCUCACGGAACAGAUCGAGGGUCCUUGCCAACCCCAGUACUACCUCGAUGGCUCCAUCCACAGCGUUUGGGAUGGCGUGCGGUCGUUGGGAAGUAUGAAGCGGAGUCUGAUGGGACGGAUCUUUCUCAGGGUGUUCAUGCAAGACGAUUUAGACGCAAUGAAGGACAAGAGAUCAGACGACGAGCUGAGCAUGCUGAAGGAAGAGGACGCCAUGUGUGUCGUCUUUGGUGGCUAG